CCAGGAUCCUAACCCCAACUCUGUCACCGACUUGCUCUGUGUAGUUUUGAACACUCAUUUAACCUCUGUUUCUCUGUUUUCACAUCUUUAAAAUGUGUCUAGCAUUUAAUUAGCUUCUAGGGUGCUGCAAGAACAAGCUAACUUUGUAAAUGACUUUGAGAUUCUCAAGUGGAAGAGGUCAUAGAAAGCUAAAGGAAAUAUUCUUUGGAAGUAAAGAAAAUAAGCAAUCAGAUAAGAACAGUUAAUUCUGUGAUACAGGCAGAUACUUGUUCUGGGCCCUUUCCUAUCACUAUCAAUAUGCUUAUGUUUCCUGUGCUUCAGUGUUACAUAAGUUUCCUGACUAAAUUCUUUCCACUUCAGUUACCACUUUUGUAGUCAUGCUUUUUGUGAAGUCAAAAUAGGUGUUUCAGUGUAUUUGGAAGUGCAAGUAGAAUAAAAUUAGAAGGAUAGGUGGAUUUUCAGGUAUAUGACACUUUUGCUGUAGCAGCAGGCAAGUUUUCCCCUUUGGAUUUCGCAUGCUGUUAAAUCCUGAAAUGUUUAAUGGAGAAGUAUCACUAUCUUUCUAAAACAGAAAACUCACUCAAGCAGCACAAGUAUCAGAAAUCAGGAAUGUGUGAAGCACAACUGAACUGUAGUGACAAAUCCUAAAGCAUUAACUCCGGCUCAUUGUAAAAUAUCUUUCUCUAGGCAAGACUCCUGAGCGGCGUUCUAGGUAUGCUGCCUGGUUGUUUUUCAUGAGACUCUUGGUUGCAUUUGCUAUUUUCUAACAGGUUCUCUUAUUGUUUCUGCAGCUAUUUUAUUGCAAAGCCACUGUGGAAUCCUCAUCUUUCAGACUUUCUGUGGUGGAGUCAGUUGAGCCAAAAUUGUAUCAGACUUAUUUGUUCUGGGGCUUGUCAUCUCUGUCUGACAUAUUAUUGUCUUAAUCCAAAAUACGGUGCAAUGUCAGCUGUGGAACAGCAACAGGCAGAACCUUCUCCAUCAUCCAAUUCAUCCAGUUCCUUUGAAGUAGUGGAGGCAGAUACUGCAAAUAAGUAUGAGGCAGUUGUUCCUCACUGGUUUUACUGCAAGGUAAUAGAUUCUAGAGAGAGGUGGAUCCCUUUCAGUCAACAAGACUCGGAGAAGUUAGAAGAGGCCCACAACUCAAGGAAAGACGAUGAACAGCUGGUAGUUCCAACGGAAGGGGGCAGGUAUGACGUGCAUUUGAAGAAGAGGCUGCGCUGUGCCAUGUAUUGGGAGGAAGAAGUGUCUGAAGUGAGACGCUGCACCUGGUUUUACAAGGGAGACAAGGACAACAAGUAUAUUCCCUACUCGGAGAGCUUCAGCGAAGAGUUGGAGGAAACGUACAUGAUUGCCAUAACUCUGGACGAGUGGAAAAAGAAACUUGAGUCCCCUACUAGAGAAGUCAUUAUAUUGCAUAACCCAAAGCUGAUGGUGCACUACCAUCCAGUGACAACCUCUGACGACUGGGGCUCAACCCCUACAGAGCAAGGUCGACCAAGAACUGUUAAGAGAGGAGUGGAGAACAUCUCUGCUGACAUCCCCUGCGGGGAGCCUCUGCAAAUAGAUCACUUGGUUUUUGUUGUUCAUGGAAUUGGGCCAGCAUGUGAUAUCCGGUUCCGGUCCAUCGUCCAAUGUGUGAACGACUUCCGUAACGUUUCCUUGAGCAUGCUGCAAGCACACUUCAAGAAAGCCCAGGAGCAGCAACAGAUUGGCCGGGUAGAGUUCUUGCCUGUAAACUGGCACAGCCCUUUGCAUUCCACGGGGGUGGACGUCGAUUUGGAGCGAAUUACCUUGCCGAGCAUCAACCGCCUGCGGCACUUCAUAAACGACACCAUACUGGAUGUUUUCUUCUACAAUAGCUCCACCUACUGCCAGACCAUAGUGGAUACUGUUGCUUCGGAAAUGAACCGUCUGUAUCGGCUCUUCCUGCAGAGGAACCCUGACUUUAAAGGGGGUGUUUCCAUCGCGGGCCAUAGCUUAGGGUCGCUGAUAUUGUUUGAUCUCCUAACAAAUCAGAAAGAUUCCUCUGAGGAUGAAGCCGGCAAUAAAGAGGGGUCCCAGCUGGGUGCCUAUGGACAGGGAGACAUUGGGGGAGUGAAAGAAAUCCUGCAGAAGCUUGAGCUAUCUGAGUACUACAGUGUCUUUGAGAAGGAGAGAAUGGACACACAAGCACUGGCUCUGUGUACGGAGAAGGAUCUUAAAGACAUGGGAAUUCCCUUGGGACCAAGAACAAAGAUCCUUCAUUAUGUAAGAACCAAAGACGAAACACAGGAUGCUCAGCAGCAGGCCCAUGUCCCUGUUGGGAAUAACGACAAGAGCGAAGAUGCUCCCAAACCUGAGUCAGGGUCAUCUCCGCAGCUGGGUGCCCGGAGCAGCAGCAUGAAUGGUGGGGGGAAGCGUCAAUAUUUGGAUGUUGGGCUAGGACAGGUCUCAGCAAAUUACCCUCAGCUAAUCUACAAACCUGACAUCUUCUUUGCUUUUGGGUCUCCCAUUGGGAUGUUUCUCACUGUACGAGGUGUGAAAAGGAUUGAUCCAAACUACAGCCUUCCUACCUGCAAAGGCUUCUUCAAUAUCUUCCAUCCUUUUGACCCGGUGGCGUACAGGAUUGAGCCCAUGAUCAUUCCAGACCUGGAGUUCGAGCCCAUGUUGCUCCCUCAUCACAAGGGCAGGAAGAGAAUGCAUUUAGAACUGAAAGAGGGCCUGACUCGCAUGGGUAUGGAUCUCAAGAACAACCUGCUGGGGUCACUGAGGAUAGCCUGGCAGUCUUUCACCAGACCCCCACUGCUGGCUGUGGAGGCAGCAGCCACUGAAAACAAAGCUGAAACUAGUUUGGAGAAACAGACAGUCCAUUCAGAUAUGAAGCCCGAAGAGCCUGCUGCUACAGGGAAGGAAGACACCCCUCCUAUCAAUGUGGGAAUGCUAAAUGGAGGCCACCGGAUUGACUAUGUGCUGCAAGAGAAGCCUAUAGAGAGUUUUAAUGAAUAUUUAUUUGCACUACAAGGCCAUCUCUGCUACUGGGAGUCUGAAGAUACCGUUCUCUUGAUUCUGAAAGAGAUCUACCAAACACAGGGCAUUACAUUAGAUCAGCCUCUACAAUGAAGUCAGAUGACCAGCUGCACUGUUCUGGCGACAUGAUGUGCACACCAAGUGACUACUCACCUGGAAAGCCCGGAGUUCCCUCUGCCUUCCUAUCCUCUGCUGCUACUGUAUCCUGCAUGCUGCUUCCCGCAUACCUGCUGCUGCCUGGAGCACUGGGAGAUCUUUCUCAUUUUGGGGGGGGAAAAAAUCAAGGCAAAACACUUCUCCUAAAAUACCCACUAUGGACUUGCCCCUGUGCCCAUUGUGACACCCAUGGGAUCGUUCACGCCAACACCAUUCAGCUGACUAGUCUGACCAUCUCGCAAAACCCCUCUGCAGUAGGAUUGGGACCUGUCCAAGGAAGAGGGGCUUAAGCCCAGUAACUGCAGCAGGGGGCUGAGGACAGACCAACUCCAUGUCCAGUUCCUUAGCAAAGCAUUCAAUCUAGACUCAGUCAAGACCUCAUUAGGAGAAAAAAUAGCUGCAUUUGAGUGUGGAUGAACAGCUGUGGUGGUAGAGGCUUUCAGUGCGAUUCAUGGGCCAAACGCUCUCCUUCACCCCAUCCAUUCCACACUGCUGAGUUCAAAGUGGCUACAUUGGUACAGCUGAGGGGAGCAUCUGGCAUCAUCAACCAACCUCUCCUGUAUAAACAGGUGCUGUGACACUAGAUCCACGUUCACAAAAUGUGGGUGACCCUGCUGAUGAAACCAUAGCAACCUUUUGUAACCAGCCAUGGCUUAUGCUGUAUUAACCAGGAGCUGUUGAACGAUUGCUGUUAGAAGCACGAUAAGGGUAACUUAUGGGGCAGAUACUAAAAUGAUAAAUCCCUUGUAACCAAAGAUGUACAGGGUAAACAACGGACUAAACUAACUCCUCAGCAUGUGGAUUCCUUUGAGCAAGGGGGAGCAAAUGCUGUGAGGGUGAGAUAGUGUCUCUGGGUUGGGGUCUGGAAGUGGCCACUCCCAUGUUCCCCCUCCUGCUGUUCAGUGCAAUAGGCCUUUUCCCAGUGCAACGAGCUUGUUUGUUUUUCUUGUGUGUAUUAUUUGCACUAUUUAAAUGCAUUUUAUAUUUCCCAAACCUGCCCCCUCCAAAAGAACUAAGAGAAGCUGUACUCACACCUGACUGGGCAGUGAUGUUCUGCACAGCUAAGCUCCUGGAUUCCUAUCGCAUCUCCUGGAGGUAUGUAAGGAGGAACUGUUUGUGAAAGGACACACAGUCAUGACCAGCUCUUCAAGUUAUGCACUUUGGGUAAAAAAUUUAAAUGCAUUUAAAAUUGUUAUUUUGUCUUUUUCCAGUCAAUACAAAAGUAAAUCUAUGGCUGCAGUGGUUGUGUUUGUGUGUUAGGGAGAGUUUGAGGGGGUGGUGGAAUAUGAGAACCUAUUAUUGUGGGAUGUCACUUCAUGGCAAAGUAAAGCUGUUGUCAAAAUUCCCAAGAGGAGCCCUUGGCAUUUUACAAAAGGCCACUGCAGUGGACAAGCAUUACAGGAGAAAACAGAAGUAGCACCAACUGGAAGCACCUCUUUGUUCACAGGCAGGGAGAGCUGCUUCUAAAAAUGAGUAUUGCUGUAAGGAUAAGAGGUUUUUCAGCAAAGCCCAUGAUUCAGCCUCUUGUUCUUGGAAGCAGAGAGCAUGAAACAAAGGAGAUGCCCAAUUCUAAAAGUGGCAGAGCUCACCUUGUUACUGUCCUUCAGCUAUGUAUGAAAGAACCUCAACAAACACUGCCUGCUUACCUCCAGCCAGCAAAAACAGGUGCUUUUGAAGGUUAUCUUAAAAGAAAGUAGCGGUAAUUUCUUUAUGGUUAGAUUUGAGAGCUAUAACCCUCAACAGUUGAAUAAACCAAACCCUGUGACAGAAUACACUUGCUUUACCAGUCAGCCUUUCAACAACUGUGAAGACAAACGGCGUUUGCUUCUGAUUGUCAUCUCUCAUUAGUGUACAGUAGGGAGGGAGGAAGCAAACCUUGCCUAGAAUUGCUAAUAAUGGACAGAAAAACUUGACCUACUUUAUAUAAAAAGAACCAGCUACAUAAAGACAGAUGAUGUUCUUUAGUACCAAAAAGUAAUAGAACUCACUUCACUGAAUUAAAACCAGCUUUUUAUUUGACAUUAAAAAAUCCAGUAAAUGACAUGA